CCAGAGUCAGAGUACUCCGAGAUUACACGGCCGCGUCCUCGAACUGAAUUCCUCAGUUUUACUGUGCUGGCAAUUGUAUUUCAUUCAGGAAUAUGACCAAAGAUUGGAAAACUAUUUUCGUAACCGGUGGGGCCGGUUACAUCGGUAGCCACUGCAUCGUCGAGCUCUUGGAAAGCGGGUACGACGUUGUCGCAAUAGAUAAUUUCGUUAAUAGCGUAACAGAAGCAAGCGGUGAAUCCGCCGCUCUUAAAAGGGUGGAGCAAAUUACGGGGAAGAAAGUUGCAUUUUACAAUUGUGAUCUUCUCGAUCGCGACAAACUGGAAAUAACUUUUAACAAGCACAAAAUAGACUGCGUAAUUCAUUUCGCGGCAAUAAAGGCAGUCGGUGAAUCGAUGCAAGUUCCGCUCCAUUAUUAUCGAAAUAAUAUUAUCGGUGCCAUUAAUUUACUAGAGGUGAUGAAAGCUGCUGGGUGCUUUCAAUUAGUUUUUAGUAGUUCUUGUACGGUGUAUGGAGAGCCACAAGAACUCCCGAUUACGGAAAACCAUCCGACGGGAAAUAUUACAAAUGUAUACGGUAGAACGAAGUAUUUUAUCGAAGAAAUGCUUAAAGAUAUAACACGCGCUGAAAAAAGUUGGAAUAUCAUUUCCCUGAGAUAUUUCAAUCCGGUAGGUGCUCAUGAAAGUGGUUUGAUCGGAGAGGAUCCUACGAAAUCCUUUACGAACCUGAUGCCUUACAUAGCGCAAGUAGCGUUAAGACACAAGCCGGAACUUGUUAUUUUCGGAGGUGAUUACCCGACAAAAGACGGUACAGGUAUACGUGACUACAUUCAUGUAAUGGAUUUAGCCGCUGGUCACGUAGCAGCCUUGAAUGCUUUAUGCAAACGACAUUCGAGACUAAAAAUUUAUAAUUUGGGUACUGGCAAAGGUGUAUCGGUACUUGAAUUGAUUAAAAUUUUUGAGAGUGUGACAGACACGAAGAUACCGUAUGUCAUAAAAGAGAAGAGGGAUGGAGACAUAGUUUCCAUGUACGCUAACAUAGAAUUAGCCGAGAAAGAAUUAGGAUGGAAGUCUAAGUACAACGUUGAACGAAUGUGCGAAGAUUUCUGGAGGUGGCAACAAAUGAAUCCACAUGGUUACCGUACCCCCGUUAAAAAUGGCAUUAACGAACAUAUAAAUGGUACUUCAUAACAAUAUGAUUUCAUCGUCGUUAGCGCAUCCUCUUUUAUUUAAUUAUGAUAAUAAAAGGUAGAAGUAAAAAGAA